CAAGAAACUUUUCCAUUACCAAACAACUGUUGAAAAAAGCCAUUGUUAUUACCGGACAAGGAUCUGUCUUGAUCACAGUUUAGAUCAGCUAAUGAUAAUCUUCAGACUCUCAUCAGUCGCACCGCGAAUUUCCCAGUCAAAUCACUACGCAACUCUCUCACCGGCGGCAAGCAUCGCCGGAGCUCUUCAAGAACACAUCAACUCUCCGUACCCAAAAUCCGGGAAGAAGAUCCACGCCGACAUAAUCAAAACCGGGCUCAGACCAAAUCUGAACAUAUCCAUCAAACUACUCAUCUUGCAUCUAAAAUGCGGAUGCAUGACUUACGCACGCCAAGUGUUCGACGAAUUGCCCAAACCAACGUUAUCGGCUUACAACUACAUGAUCAGCGGCUACCUGAAGCAAGGAUUGGUAAAGGAGUGUCUCCUCCUAGUUCAACGCAUGGCAUUCUCUGGUGAAAACGCAGACGGGUACACGCUUUCCAUGGUUCUUAAGGCAUCAGCAUCAUCUACUAGUCUUGGUAGCUUAUGCAGGCUGGUCCACGCCCGGAUUAUAAAAGGCCACGUUGAGCUAGACGAUGUGUUGGUGACUGCGCUUGUUGAUGCUUACGUGAAGAGCGGGAAGCUGGAGUCUGCAAGAACCGUUUUCGAAACGAUGAAAGACGAGAACGUGGUCUGUUCCACGUCGAUGAUCUCGGGUUACAUGAAUCAAGGAUUCGUGGAGGAUGCUGAAGAGAUUUUUGAUAAGACUAGAGUGAAGGAUAUUGUGGUUUACAACGCUAUGGUUGAAGGUUUGAGCAGAACAGGUGAGACUGCUAAGAGAGCUGUUGAGAUGUAUGCCUCGAUGCAGCGGGCUGGUUUCCAUCCGAACAUCUCGUCAUUCGCUAGCGUGAUUGGCGCGUGUUCGGUUCUGACGGCGCGUGAAGUUGGUAUGCAGGUGCACGGUCAGGUUAUGAAGAGUGGUGUGUAUACGCAUAUCAAAAUGGGGAGCUCUUUGUUGGAUAUGUAUGCAAAGUGCGGUGGAAUCGACGAUGCGAGGAGAGUGUUUGACCAGAUGCAAGAGAGGAACGUGUUUUCUUGGACUUCGAUGAUCGAUGGGUAUGGGAAGAACGGGAACCCUGAGGAAGCGCUUGAGCUCUUCACUAAGAUGAAGGAAGUGAAUAUAGCACCUAACUAUGUAACCUUUCUUGGAGCUCUCUCUGCGUGUUCGCAUUCUGGGUUAGUUGAGAAAGGGUAUGAGAUAUUUGAGAGCAUGCAGAGAGAUUAUUCUAUGAGGCCAAAGAUGGAACACUAUGCUUGCAUGGUUGAUCUCAUGGGACGCGCUGGAGAUUUGAAUAAAGCUUUGGAGUUUGUUAGGGCGAUUCCGGAAAGGCCUAACUCUGAUGUUUGGGCUGCUCUUCUGAGCUCUUGUAGACUGCAUGGUAAUGUGGACAUUGCAAGCGUAGCUGCGAGUGAGCUUUUUAAACUGAAUGCGGAUAAAAGACCUGGGGCUUAUAUAGCGUUGUCCAAUGUUUUGGCUUCUGCUGGUAAGUGGGAGAAGGUGAGCGAGAUUAGGGAUGCGAUGAAAGCUAGAAAGAUACCUAAGAACAUUGGUCGUAGUUGGAUCAGUGCAGAGAAAUCUCAAUGAAGGUCUUUUGAAUUAGAGUUUGAAAUUUUUUAGAAUAUUUGAUGGGGGAUAUCUAUGAAACAUUGAAACAUUCAGUAAGGCUUCUCUCAUUCAUGCCCAAAUAUAGUGAGCUCGAAAACAUAUGUUUUCUGUGAUGAAAUCAAAUUAUAUAACGGUUAAUUAUGUUGCCUGUUUGUGUUCUGUUGUGCGUUUAUAGAGAUUGCUUUGUAUGUAAACAAGAGAGCACAUGUUCAUUCUUGUAGAGCGUAUCAAUGGCCUCUUUUGAGAAGGGUGAACCAGGCCUAUUUCUGUAAUUUCAAGUGUCGCCAUGCCUAACAAUGA